AUGAUGGAGGAAGUAAUGGCAGACGUACCCUUGUUUCCGGUAACCGUGGUGGGCAGUUGGCCCCGCCCCCCGGAACUGAUUCAGGCCCUGCGGAGACGGCAAGCUGACGAGGUUUCCGAGGAUGAGUUCAAUGCCGUAGCGGAUAAGGCGGUGAUACAGGCGCUCAAAGAGCAGGAAGAAGCGGGCACUGACAUUAUCAGUGACGGCGAGCAGCGGCGGGACAACUUCUACUCCUACGUUGUCGGCAAGAUUGCCGGCAUGCAGCUGAUGAAGGUCUCGGAACUGCUGGACUACGCAAAGGACCGGGCCCGGCUGGAGGAACAGUUGCGGGCUCUGGACGUGCCUGCUUUCGCCAUUAAGAGUCCCAUUGUGGUUGAGAAGAUUUCGACCAGAGAAGGACUGUCCCUGGACGAACUGGCCUUCCUGAAGAAACACACGGAUAAACCGAUCAAGAUACCCAUUCCCGGCCCCUAUAUGCUGACCCGCUCAAGCUGGUUUGAGGGACUGUCCGACAAGAUCUACCCUUCUCCUGAAGAUCUGGCCAAAGACGUGGUGCAGAUUCUGCGGGAAGAGACCAUCAAGCUGCGGGACAUGGGCGCCGACUUUAUCCAGUACGACGAACCCAUUCUGACCCAGGUGGUGCUGGGCGAAGAAUCGAGCGAGACGUUUAUGUGCGCCUCGCUUCCCCAGCGCCGCGACCCGACCACCGAGCUGGAGUUUGCCCUGCGCCUGAUGAACGAGGUGGCGGAGGGCAUCGAAGGGGUCAAGCUGGGUGUGCACGUCUGCCGGGGCAACUGGAGCCGCAAGGAAGAGGUGCUCUUGACUGGAAACUAUGGACCCUUGCUGCCCUACCUGGUGCAGAUGAACGUUGACCAACUGGUGCUGGAAUGUGCUACGCCCCGCGCCGGAGAGAUGGAAGUAUUCAAGGAAUACGCUAACGAGAAGGAGAUUGGCCUGGGGGUGGUUAAUCCGCGUACCGACGAGCUGGAAACCCCGGCCAUGAUCGUAGAACGGGUCAAUGAAAUGCUGGAGUAUUUUGACGCGGACAAGAUUUACCUGAAUCCGGACUGCGGCUUCGGCACCUUCGCCGAGCGCAACAUCAACACCUCCGAGGGCGCUUUCCACAAGAUGAGAGUGAUUGGCGAGGCGGCCCAGGAACUGCGCAAACUGCACGGCUAG